AUGUCUGAUCAAGGAAGCCCCGCGAAGGUCCCUGACGGACAACCAGACCCAGUCCUCGUUGGACCGGGGCUUACAGCUUUAAAGGAUGAAGCUUACAAAGAUGCGACUAAUGCUACGCCGAGCUUGCCCGCCGAUAAGAAACACCAGAUGGAUAGUGAUGCGCCUUCGUACUUUGCUAGCAUCCCGGGCGUGAGGACCGACGCACUGGACUCCUCGGAUGCCGCUCCGCCACCAGGCCGGAGGAAGAUGUCUUCAGGACAAGACCUCCUGCGCCGGUUGAGCCUUACGGGGGACGCAUCGCCAAUGUCGCCUGAGAUUGACCCUCGCUCGCAGCAUCCAGGGUUGAAGUUGAGUGGCCGACUGAUCAGCGCGGCCUUUUGUAUCCCGUACAAGCUCUAUCAUCAAUCUGGUUCAAACUGGGAACUCAAGCCGCGGUCCGGAACUUCAGCCCUCUUCGAUUCAUUCGCUCAUCUAGCCUCUGAUGAGACUCAAUGGUCUCAUACGCUGGUGGGAUGGACUGGAGAGGUCGAGCCUGCAUCUGAUACGAAGAUGCCUCUCCAGCAGAUUCCAGUAAAUGCGGCUACCAAGCUACCGACUAGUGCCAGCGCUGCGGGCGCGAUCCCACUCAACAAGGCAGCCGCACCCGUUCCGGUAAAUGCGAGUCAGAAACCCCCUUCACACCCUCUGAUUGAUGGAAUCAGCAUUGAGAAAGAGGACCGGGAAAGGCUUGAUCAACAGUUGGCCUCUGGGCGUUAUGGCCGGAUCUUGCCAGUCUGGCUAUCGGAUGAGUCAGAGGAGCCACAAGACACCGUCCUCCUCAAAGACCAAGGAAGGUGGCGCCGGUAUGCAGAGAGAGAACUCUACCCUCUCCUGCACUACAAGCAGCAUGGCCCUACGGACGGUCGUUCGGAGCAGCGGUGGUGGUCUGAUUAUACCCGCCUGAAUCAACUCUUUGCGGAUCGCAUUGCGGCGGACUAUCAGGAAGGCGACGUGGUCUGGAUUCACGAUUACCACCUUUUCCUCCUGCCCAGCCUACUACGACAGCGCAUCCCGAAUAUCUACAUCGGCUUCUUCCUACACUCGCCGUUCCCCAGUAGCGAGUUCGUCCGAUGUUUGGCCAAGCGCAAGGAAGUCUUGACCGGAGUCCUCGGUGCCAACAUGAUUGGGUUCCAGACAUUCUCCUAUUCACGGCACUUUUCUUCAUGUUGCACCCGUGUCUUGGGCUUCGAGUCUAAUUCUGCUGGUGUGGACGCAUAUGGUGCCCACGUUGCCGUGGAUGUCUUCCCCAUUGGAAUCGAUGCUCGAGCGAUACAAAAGGCGGCCUUCGGAUCGCUGGAUCUGGAGAAGACCGUGCAAGGCAUCCGCAAAUUGUAUGCCGGAAAGAAGAUUAUCGUCGGCCGUGAUCGUCUUGACAGUGUUCGCGGUGUGGCCCAAAAGUUGCAGGCUUUCGAAAUUUUCUUGGAAAGAUACCCUGAAUGGCGGGAUAAGGUUGUUCUCAUCCAAGUGACAAGCCCGACCAGCGUUGAGGAAGAGAAAGAGGAUCCCGAGAACAAGAUUGCUGGCCAGAUUGCCAACCUUGUUUCCACGAUUAAUGGUCGCUUUGGAUCGCUCAGCUUCUCUCCGGUGCAGUACUACCCACAGUAUCUGUCUCAGCGGGAGUACUUUGCUCUUCUGCGCGUCGCUGACGUGGGACUGAUCACCACUGUCCGCGACGGUAUGAACACCACGAGUUUGGAGUAUAUCGUGUGCCAACAGACAAACCACAGUCCCCUCAUCCUUUCGGAAUUCUCGGGCACUGCAGGCACAUUGCCCAGCGCUAUUCACAUCAACCCCUGGGACUUGGUGGGUGUCGCUGGCGCAAUUGACAAAGCCCUCAAGAUGCCGGCCGAUCAGCGCAAGGACCAGCACCUGAAGCUGUACAAGCACGUCAUCACCAACACCGUCAGCACUUGGUCCACGCUGUUCCUCCACCGUCUCCUCACCAACCUGUCCUCCUUUGACCAGUCUGUCGCUACGCCUGCCCUAGAUCGCGGUAAAUUGAUGAAGGCAUACCGCAAAGCACGGAGACGGCUGUUCAUGUUUGACUACGACGGUACCCUCACGCCGAUUGUAAAGGACCCGCAGGCCGCAAUCCCGUCCGAUCGUGUCCUGCGCACUUUGAAGAGCUUGUCUGCUGAUCCCCGAAAUGCCGUCUGGAUCAUCAGUGGACGAGAUCAGGCCUUUUUGGAUGAAUGGAUGGGUCAUCUCCCCGAGCUAGGCCUCAGUGCCGAGCACGGGUGUUUUAUCCGCAAGCCCCGGUCAGAUGACUGGGAGAAUCUGGCCGAGCGGACCAACAUGGGCUGGCAAAAGGAAGUAAUUGAAGUUUUCCAGCACUACACCGAACGGACGCAAGGGUCAUUUAUUGAGCGCAAACGUGUGGCAUUGACCUGGCACUACCGCCGGGCCGACCCGGAGUAUGGAGCCUUCCAGGCACGUGAAUGUCGCAAGGCCCUGGAAGAUACGGUUGCCAAGCGGUGGGAUGUGGAGGUUAUGGCCGGCAAGGCCAACCUCGAGGUGCGGCCGACUUUUGUCAACAAGGGAUUCAUUGCGACACGGUUGGUCAACGAGUAUGGUACGGAGCCGGGUAAGGCGCCGGAAUUCAUCUUGUGUCUGGGCGACGACUUUACCGAUGAAGAUAUGUUCCGUGCCCUUCAAAAGUUCGACCUGCCGCAGGACCAUGUGUACUCGGUGACCGUUGGCGCCAGCUCGAAGCAGACCGAUGCCAGCUGGCACCUGCUUGAGCCAGCAGACGUCAUCAGCACUUUGCAAAUGCUCAACAGCAACUCGCACCAAGAUCAUUGA